CGGUGUGGAGAGAGACGGAGCAGUAGGAGGGGGCGUUUAUCUGCUCAGAGGCUCAUGGUUGGAGAGCGCUGUGGCACUGGGCUGCUGAACCUCUCUGUUUGUCGGUAGAGCACCGUCUUUACUGUUUCCACUUGUACCCUGCGGCUAUUAGGCACUGAACCUGGACUAACGUAACACGUUUCCAUUUGGCUAACUCGGUAUGUCUUAGUCCUCAUAUACUGCCGCAGAGGACGCCAUCGAGAGGAUCCGUACAGACCUGCAGCUUCACAGUGUAAGGAUGGUGUGACACUCAGACAGACAGCCAGAGGGACUAGUCACCACUCUCUACUCACAGGCAGACCAUGGCUCCCAUGUCUCUCCUUUUCCUGGGCUUCCUCCUCUCCUCUCUCCAUCCUUCAGAUACCCAGACCAUCAUUGGCUCCUCUUCCUCAUUCUCUCCUCCGGACCUGCCUAAUGAUUCUUCACCUCAACCUACAAAGCAGACUGCUGGACUCUGGCCUUCUUUGCCUCCGAGAGGCCGCAGUGAUGUGCCAGUCAGAGCUACAGUCCAGGACAGACAAAAACAUACGAAUGCAGUGCAACAGGGGCGAACAAGCCGUCCUACCCCACAGUUCACUCCUCCAUUAAUAUCUGCUUUUUCUACGCAGAACCUCAGCAACGGGCUAAUUUUAACUCAACCCACUGCCUCCAGGCCCAGAACUGAUACAGCUCGUUUAGCAUUGAGCGGGGCUUUUGUAACAGAAGAUCCUACUACAAAAGACUCAAUUCCACCUUUGCCAACUUUCCUUUCUGCUGCUUUCACUGAAUCUGCAGGUGAUGAGCCAGGGACAGCAGGAAAUUCAGAGGAGAGUUCACUCAAAGAGACAGAGGAUGAGGAUUUACAUGGGUUUGGAUCAGGAAAUGUUCCAACAGUAAUGCCUGUGAAGGAGGAAUCAUCUGUUCCUCAGGCAACAGUUGGUGAUGAAAUGGCGCAGUACCAGCCACAGGCACAGACAGCAAAUGUUUUUGAUGUAGAAACACCACCAGAGGGAAGUCAGGCUAUGAACCCCUACCUGCCUGUGCUUACAACAGCCGGUAAAAUCUCUACAACGCCACAGACUGAGACAAGAGCCACACCGUCCCCUGUGGUAACACAAGAAACUGUUUUAUUAACAGAUAAACUUACAGAGGACACUCCUUCCACCGUCAGUGCUACUCCAAAGCAGGCUGCCGUGACAUUACCCCAGCCCACAACUACCACCACUGGCUCUAAACAGUUACAGACUGAAGAACAACCAACCACAACACAGCAAAUAACAACCACAUCUACAAAAGCUGUGCUUACUACAACACAGGAGGCUGUGAGAAAACUCUCAGAAACAACACCUCAAACCAACAAAACGGAAGUUCUGGGGAGAAAUACAGCUAGCACAACUAUACAGUCUUCAACAACAGGGACCUCCACUGGUGUCACACGAACAAGACUAAGCCCCACAUUUCAGGCUGAUAUUGUUAAGAGGAACCAUUCCAUUCUCCUUGGACAUCCUCACCAAGCUCCACACACUACCUCUAAUCCAGCCCCAUCUCCCAGUCACAGCCCCUCCUUUAACAGCACUCUUCUCUACUGGGGUGACCUGAGCCGGACGUUGGCAUUCGCCUGGGAGCUGCAUGUCUACGGCUCCGUGAGCCUCUUCCUCCUCCUGUUCGCUGGAGCAGCUCUCGGCCUCAUCUUGUCCCCUGGCGCAAACUGUCCUCAUCGGGGGGCUCUUGCACUGGCCAAUGCACUUUUGUUUCUCGCUGGAGGCCUCAGGGCGGCUCUCUUUCUGAUGGACCCCUAUGGCACCAGGAAAUUCCUGCCUCGCCCCGCUGUUACGGCCCUCUACAACUUGCCUCUUCAUUUGCUGGUGUGGACACAGGCUGCGCUGGCACUGCUGGCAUUGAGGGUGGCAGGAGUAAGCGUGUUACCUUCCUCUUUGGAGCGUCCUCCUCUGGUGGCUGUGUUGGCUGUGUUGCAGUGUACGCUGCUGCUGGCGGCUGAUCUGCUUUCCCCAGCUCUGUCGCCUGUGGUGCCCGUCACCCUACAGGUCCUGGCCCUGUGCUGGGGCCUGGCUCUCUGUCUGGGCUUCCUAUGCUAUGUGUUUCCACGUAUACGCUGUCCUACCAUACCCCACCAUGGAGUUCCUGAAGAGGCCAGGAGGAAGGCUUGGACAGGAAGCAGGAGGACCGGGGUGAUCCUGGGAAGAGUGCUGGCAGUGUGUGCAGUUCUGGGGGCCCUGUGCUGUGGGCUGCAUGUCCAUGCCACCUUAUGGCUCUAUGGGCUGCUAGGGGACUGGACGCGCUUCAACUGGGGAUGGUGGCUGGUGCACUUCUGGGCCCGGCUCCUGGAGCUGGCUUGGGGGUUCUCCCUCCUCCUCCUGGGCUCCUGGGUGUUCUGGAGGCCACAAGGUUGCCAUGGAAGAGAGGAGGGGGGAACGGAUGGCAGACCAGCAGGAGACUUGCCAUCCCCUGGCCAAUCUACAGGCUCCUCUCAAAGACACACCUGCUGGUCCAAGAUAGUCCAAAGCCUGAGGGGGAAACCCUGUAAAAAGUCUGACAGUAAUGGGGUGGGAGGAGGAGGAGGAGGAGGAGGAGGAGGAGGAGGAGGAGGUGGUGGACCAGGGGAGGUGCCUAACAACUGGGCUGGUCAGGAGCGUCCUGGAGCUGACAUCAGUAAGAGUCUGAUCAGGAACCAGAACCACGAGCAGGCCACGGCCCAGCCACGCUACGUCAAAGACAGCAACAGGGGGCGCAACCACAGGGGCCACUCUGCAGAGCGAGGCCACUCUGCAGAGCGAGGCCUCUCCGAGGGCUCUACGGGCUCCCUGCUCAGACUGCAGGCGCUGGGCCGGCCUCCUCAGCGGUCUGUAAGCGGCAGUCUGGAUCAGGAUGGGGACACUACACUGUCUCUUUACGAGUUCGAUCUGCGGCCCCCAUCUCCUAUUGACCUGACCCGCAGCAUUGACGAGGCCCUGAACAGGGAGUACCUGCUUGGAGGAGGAAGCUUGUUUCAUCCUUUUAACCAAACCUCAGGGUCCCCCUCCCCGGGAUCAGGGGUCAGUCAGGGACCCUGGCUUCGCAGGAACAGUGAUCCUCAGAUGCUUUCUGAGAGCAGCGAGGCGACAGAGUCUUCUAUGCCACUGGGGGGCAGCGUGCUGAGCAGUGUGCCCAGCAGGCAGGUGACUGCUCCCCCCACACCCUCCCACCAGGGUAACAGGUGGCCUGGGAACGCGAUGGGAAGCGUCCCCUCAUCAGUGUCCUGCCCUGUGUCACUUCGUCCCUCCAGAACGUCAACAGGGAAUCUGGGGGAGGAUGGAGUGGACGACACACGGCCGUUCAUCACCCCAGACUCAGAGAGGGUGCGGGGGAGGGCUGGGAGGCCCGUGGGGUCGCGGAGUUACCUGGAGGUCAGCCGACAUGACGACUCCGCCAGUGUCAGCAGUGAGAUAAUUGAUCUAUGAACCAAACCUUGGACUUGAGGACCAAUUACCACACAUCAAACACCCAUUUAACAAAAACUUUUCCUGAUCAAGACUUCAUAAAACUUGGGAACAUUUGAUCAUUGCCUAAAAAUGAUUAUUUUUAGAAAAGGGAAACAAGUGUCUCUUGGUGAUGACCUUAAAGGAUAUCACUUAGUUGCCUUUUAUUUUGUUAAAGAAUUUAACAUCUGUGUUUGAAAAAAAAAAUAUGGUAUAGCUUUUACUCUGGGAGUAAAAUUGGAAAUAUAGCACAGAUAAACAUCACAGCACACUCUUCUCUACACA